AUGGAUCGAAACACUCACACCAGAACUACACGAUGGUUGGCCAUUCUUACACUCCUCACCGUGCAAAUACUCAAUGCAAACGCCGACGUAGUAACCGUCUGGACGACGGUAAAAGUGCCAGCGCCAACACAAACAGCCCCCGUGUCACCAUCCUACACCUCCCUGGACGAGUUCAAGGGCGAUAUGCUGAAAGUCACGAACGAUUACCGCGCCAAUCACGAUGCCAAACCACUGAAAUGGAACGACACUUUGGCCGAUUACUCGAAGGAGUGGGCAUCAGCCUGUAUCUGGAAACAUUCGGAAAGCAGCUACGGCGAGAACCUCGCAUACGGAUACCAGAAUGUCUCUGCUGCUGUCAUUGCCUGGGGUGAUGAAGGCGAAUUGUAUAACUUCGACAAGCCGACAGGCUUCACUGAGGCGACGGGGCAUUUCACUCAGUUGGUCUGGAAGUCAACUACGCAGGUUGGGUGUGCCGCUGUCAACUGUGGGUAUACGAAGAAUGACAAUGCGAAAAGAGAUGUCGAGGUCGAAGUACAAGAUGAUGUCUUCGAAGAGGAUUUGUUCGAAGGGGUGGUGAUGACGCCUCGUUUCAGUGUGGAUGAAGCUGGAGGAGAUGGCUUGGAAGGGCUGAAGGUCGCGCGAGGCGAACCGCGGGCUCAAGGCUGGUAUGUGGUUUGCGAAUAUACACCUCCUGGAAAUGUUGUGGGCUUGCAUGAUUCCUACUUCAAAAAGAACGUCUUGCCAGAGUCCUCGUCUUCAACCAAGUCUUCUUCGUCCACGACUUCUGAGUCCUCUUCCACGUCUAUCACUGAGCCGUCGCCGAAUGCUGCGACAUCCACUACCAUCGGAAGUCAGAGUCAGCCUACGGGAGGUGCUAUGAGGUUCGCGCUGGACUCGACAUUGGGCAUGAUGCUGGUAACAUUGGGAGCGGUGGGCGUGGGAAGGGGGCUUUAUACUUGA